AAAUUUUUCCGCGUGUGCGCAAAUUACAGUUUAAAGUAUAAAAAAAUCAGCAAAUAUAACUUUAAUAGUAAAAUAAUCAAGUGAACACCGGCAAAAGAGGCAUUCUAACCGCCAACAUGUAUUUUAAUCAGGUUGAAAUAGUAAAAUAGUGAGUUUUGUUCGAUUUGUUGUAAGUGCCGCAGAUAAAGUUAGCAUUUAGUCGCCGCUGCCUUAACUGGGCAAAGUUGAAAACCAAUUUCAAUUUCAAAAUGACGUGGUAGGGAACUGGUAAGUUGUGAUAGUUUCCAAAUACUAGCUUGUAUGUCUUGUGUUACAUAUUGGAAGCAUACUUUUAGGCUUUGCAAUUGGUUACAUAAAAUUACUAAUAAAACUAAUACAGUCAUUGCAUGCUCAAUAAAGCUUCUCUCAGCGACUUUAAAGUUUUGCAAUGCCAAUCACACUUGUGUUAGAGGGGGUUGCAAUACAUUUGAACAUACACAUGUAUAUAUAUGAUAGAUAUACAUAUGUACACGCACAAGCAAGUAGGUGUUUGAGUGUAGGGGGAAGUCUAGCAACAACUAUGGUGGCGGCUAUGCGCCAUAUUGACUCGAAUCUUUCAUCUACUUUGCUGUAUACGUUACGUCGUGGUUUUGUGUGAAAAUAGAUUCUUGCAGAAAUUUAAAAUUGUGAAAAUGUUAAAAUAAUGCAGUAAAAUGGAUGAGCGCAAUUAUAAAAUUGGCCAAAAUGUGCAAAUUGUGGGUAGAAAUCUGCGUGGCCAAAUAGCAUACGUGGGUUUGACCAGUUUCUCACAGGGCAAAUGGAUAGGCGUGGUGCUAGACGAAAAAGAUAAAGGCAAAAAUAAUGGUACUGUCAAGGGCAUUACCUACUUUAAAUGUUCUGCUAAUUGUGGACUCUUCGUGCGUCCAGCACAAUUGAAUUUAAUUCGGGAUAGGCAAACCGUUGAAAUGGCAGAGCCAACAGCUUUAGAGUUUGGAAAAAGCUGUAGCAUGAAACCAGUAGGAAGCAAAAAAUCUUCAACAGCAACAUCGCACUCACCCGGAAAAACAGUGGGAAAGAGUGAAACAAAGAAUCAAAAAUCGAAUGGAUCAACAGCAACAUUGCAUACGGAAGCACUUGAACAUAUUUCGCCAACUAAUAGCAACAUUGCAGCAACAUCGAAUGGAAAUCUGCUGAAGGCAACCAAAAUUAAUCAACCUUUGCAAGCAAAUCAGCGUGUUAUCUCCUCCAAUACUCAACUGGAACUAUCCUUUACUGGAGCAACCAUAUCAGUUGCAGCACCAAAGCGUAGUAAAACUACAGUUAGUCCUUCAGAGUCAUUUUGUUGUGUAAGACAGCGUUCAGCAUUUGUGGAAACAGGAUUUCUGGAGAUACUGCAUACACAAUUCACACCAGGUCACCCACUACGCUCGCCUACAGUGUUUAACAUCAACAAUGGAACGCACAGCGCUCUUUCAAUCAGCCCCACAGAACAAUUGCAACAACAGCAGCAGCAACAACAGAUAUAUAAAGAUUUGGAGGAACAAAAUGCCAAGUUAAAUGAGGAACUAAAUGAUUUGAAGGGUCAACGCUUAGAGGAAAAGCGGCGUUUGUACGAACUUGAGAAGAUACGUUUGCAAAAAGACCACUUAAUCGAGUUCAAAACUCAGAUUAUGGAGCAGCAUAGUAUGCUACAACGUGAACUGCAACGCUGUCGUCAAGAGCUGAGGGAAGCUAAUGAGCACAAAACAAUAUAUAAACGUGAACUAGAUGAAGUGGCUGAAAACAUUGAACUUCUCACGUUGGACAAGGAAAUGGCAGAAGAACGUGUUGAAACACUGCAAAUAGAAUUGGAAACGGCAAAUGAGCGUAUUGAAGAACUGGUGUUAGAUAUUGAGAUCUUGAGAGCUGAAAAUGAUAAUACAACAUCAGCUACAACUGGCGUUCGUUCAGAUAAUCAGUUGAAGGAAGAAAUAAUACAUCCGACAGCGACAGAAAUCAAGCGUCUCGAACAGUACAAUCAACGACUACGUGAGACUGUUGUGCGACUGCGCGAUCAUUUGACACACGAAAAGCAAGACCUACAGAGGGCUAAAAAAGAAUUGGAAACGAGAACAUCUGAAAUCUUAGAACUUAAGAAAACCAAGGAAAUACUUUCGAAGCGCAUUGAUGUAAUGGAAAUCCACAUAAUCGACUUAAAAGAACAGGUAGACGCUGCACUUGGCGCGGAAUCGAUGGUUACAUCGUUAGCAGAAUCUAAAAUAGAACUAGAAGAGCGCGUCAAAUUAUUGGAGGAGGAAGUUAUGGAGCUCGAGGCUCUGGAAGAGAUUCACGAACAAAUUAUUGAAGGUAAUCAAGAACUAGAAUUGGAUUUACGAGAAGAGAUUGAUGCUCUUAAUUUAACGAUCAAAAUGUUACAAGAGGAAAAGAAUAAUACGCUAGAAACAAUAUAUGAUCGAGACGUAACUAUUAUGAAAUUUAGAGAGCUUGUUAAAACAUUAAAUAACAAUAUUCUCUCUAAAGACCCACCAACAAAUGUAUUGGGCAUCGCUACAGGAAUUGGCACUUCCACAUCAGAUGAUCUCAGCAGCACCCUCUCAAAUCAGGACGAAACACAAAGUAUCGACUUUAAUCAAAUGUUCUCGGUGACAAAGGCUUGCGAAAGGGCCAUCGACUUGCGGCUAAAUGCAAUUGAACUCAAACUGUGUAAAACUCACAUUGGGCACCUUCUAGCGUUUGUGCCCGAGGAGAUCAUGCUGCGUGGCUGCGAAUAUGACAUCAUAUUGGUGUUGCUAUUACUGCAGCGUUUGUAUGAGAAAAUUGAAAUCAUUUGCCACAUAAUUAAUGAAAAAUUUCCAUCAUCCUGUGAAUUUGCCAAAAACACUAUAUUUGAAGGAUUCUCCGUACACCGCUUUGCCUUCCGUUGUAAAUGCCUCUAUGUAUUGCGAAACCUUAAACUGGUAAUUAAACAAUUAAUUUUCGGUUUGAAUCAUUGCGAUUAUGAGGUGUGCACACAUGCAGCUAUUUAUCGCGGAGAAAUGGAAGCACAAGAAAAAUCUAUUGAUGAAUUGAUUAAUCGGCUAAAAGGCGACAUGCUCGAUGAAAAUACACCCAUGGAAUCGGUGGAACGAACUCUGUCAUUUUUUAAUACGCUUUACACUAACCUCAUUUGCUCGCAAAAUCUUGUCGAGUUAAUAGAUGAACAACAACUUUACGUUAUGCUAGUGGAAGUACUAGAUGUAUGCCUGGACUGCAUCAAUACUAAUGCUGGCAUACUGCAUACAAUUAUUCAGUUGGGAGAUGAAAAUACUGAAUCAUUUUGGGCCAUGCAAUUUUUAAUGGAAAACGUUAGUCAAUUCAAGCAAAAAAUACGAAAAUUACAACGGAAGCUUCCGUCAGCUGCAAUAGAUAUUUCUGCCAUGCAGCAACAACAAAUUCAGCGCAUUCAGCAUAUACUAACUACUAAUGAAACUUUGGGCCGAUUCAUUAAUAUUUUAAUAGCAACAUCCAAAGAUGCAACGAAGAACAUAUCAACAAGCAGCUUUUCGAACAAUGCAGAGCAUCCAUGUGACGCAGCCAUUGAACAUAAAAAACUUUGGAAAAUUAUUAUUUCAAAUUGUACAAAAUAUGCUGCUGAGGAAAAACCAACACCAAUUGCCUUAUUCCAUCACUGCAUUCAGCAGCUUGACGAAAUAAUCAAUGAGCUGACUAUUUUCAUAUCGGAAAAUGAGUCAGUGCGCAGCGCAAACAAAAAUACGAUGUUUAUGCGCUCUUCAGCUACAACGCUACUGCAACGCUCAAUGCAAUUAAAGCAACAUUCGGAUGAUAUAAAAAGUUUGAAGCACUCAUUAACCGAACGGGAUAAGGAAAUCAAAACGCAAAAAUACUUGGCAAAAAUGAAACAGAACGAAUUUUCCGAAAUGCAAAUCCGAAAAGAGAUCGCCGAACGUAACUUGUCAAAGGUACAACGCAGCCAAGAGGAGUCCCUGACGCAGAUUACGGAAUAUAUUGAGCAACUCGACAAGCUAAUGUGCCAACGGGAGAAUGUAAUCACGCGAUCAUUCAAUAUUAUAAAAGAGAAAUUAUUUUCCAUGGAGCAGAACUAUACUCGCCUUGAACAGAAACUCAUCUCACGCAAGGAUGUCAUCAAUAUUUCCACAGACGAAAAUUAUCGCGAAAUUGAAACACUCAAUAAGUGCUUACGUUACGAACGAGCGGAACGUUGUAAACUUCACUUCGACGAAAUGAAGGUGCGCAUGCGCAGCCUAGAGCCUCUAUAUGUCCCACACCAAAGGCGUAUUGUAAAUGCAUCAGAAACACGACUCGCCAAGGAAUUACGAACUUUAAAAAACCAAUGGAUUCUUUCACUUAUCAAAUUAAAACCAACUACACAAAACGAACGUUAUACGCUAAAACAAAAAUCAAAUGAACUGCUGCAACGUACAUGGAGCACAUAUUUUAAGACACAUCAACACCGCAGCGCAUCUAAUCAUUUUGGCGGUUUCGGUACGAAAGAUCUACACCAAAUAUUUAAUUAAGAUGUUUUUAGAACG